AUGAACAACUCUACGGAUGCCCUUGUGCGGUUGUGGAGGAUGUGUGUCACAUCCCAAGGCAACUGCCCCGAGCAAGGCCUCCAAUGGGACAGACUGCGGCAGGUUAUGGAAGGUCUGCCUAUGGCUCGUUGCGAGGCGCUGAGGGCAAACAGUGUCGACGACAUACUUACUUAUCACUUCGGAGACACCCUCAACUACGUCAACUUCACACUGUUCUGGCGCGGCAUGGAAGCCCUAUUGCAAACUGCAGGGGUCUUCAACAAUGGCGGCUUCGAUGAGUCCACCCUAGAAGUUAUCGCCAGCCUGCGGCAGUUCAGAGAUGAAGUUCUGGAGCUAUUGAAUGGGCGUGAUGACGAGUGUUCGGUGCGAGAGCUGCGAAAUCUCUAUUGUGAGCGGCUCCGGGGCGGGGGUCUCUGGGAUCAUGCUGUCAUCCCGUACUGGGAAGAGAAGUUGCAGCAAUUGCCCAAAGAUGACGAGAUGGUUUCGGCGGACGAAAUCUCCGCGGCAAUGCUGCAAUGGCUGGAAGACCUCCUCGGAUAUGGGGAGGCAUCUGAGGCACAUUUGAUCAACAACAGAUGGCGAUAG